AUGAAAAGAAAGGGAAUUAAGAAGACAGUUAUUAGAAAGUCUGUAAGAUUGAUGCAACAGAACAAGGAGGCUGCUGCUAAAUCUGGAACACAGUCAUUGGUCAGUGAGAGUGAUGAUGAAUCUUUCAAUCCAACCCUGUCAUUCCAUAAUUGCGACAGUGAUACUGUGUCUUUGGUUGAUAGUGAUAAAGAGGCUGAGGUAGAGGAUGGAAUAAGGAUGGAAGAUGUUGAUGCAGAUUAUUUUGAUUCAUUUAAAGGACCGAUUUGGGAUGAUGAAUGUGAUGACUUUGAUAAUUAUUUGACUAAGUUGUAUAAGAAUGGGGAGUUGUACAAAGACAAAGGUUUUGGGAAUAUUGUGAUUAAGGAGUGGCAAUUGUUUACAGAUAAGCAACAUUUGAGGGAUGUAAUUAGGGAUUAUUGCAUACAAUCUGGUUUUUCAGUGAUUGUUGAUAAAGCAGACAGACUUAGGUACACAAUUAGUUGUAGUGAAGCAAAAUGUGAGUGGAGAUUGCAUGCUUCUACGCUGCCUGAUGGUGUCACUUGGGCUAUCAAGAAAAUUCAAAAUGCUGAACACACAUGCUUGGGAUAUGGUGUUGAGAUGGCACAACCAAGCUUGUAUAGGGUUAGGAACAAGGCCUCGAGUAUCAUUCAUGGUGGGCAUGAUACAUCAUACAGUGCAUUGCCAUCUUACUGUGAUGUUAUCAAAUCAACAAACGAGGGUUCAUAUGCAAAUUGUGCUUGGUAUCCCCCUACACAUCCUGAUAGACCACUAGUAUUUAUGAGCAUUUUUGUAUCAUUCAAGGCAUCUCUAGAGGGCCUUUUUUCUGGUUGUAGAAGUGUUAUUGGAGUGGAUGGGGCUCAUUUAAAGGGUAAUUAUGGUGGUGUUUUGUUAUCUGCAAUUGCCCUUGAUGGCAACAAUGAAAUGUUUCCAGUGGCAUGGGGUAUUAUUUCAUGUGAGGAUGAAGAGAGUUGGAAGUUCUUCAUUUGGCAUCUUAAGCAUGUACUGGAACCAAGUAACAGAGGCGACAAUUGGUGCAUAAUAUCUGACAGGCAGAAGGGAAUUGAGAAGGCUCUCACUGAUUUGUGGCCUAAGGUGCAAAGAAGGUAUUGUUGCAGACACAUUAGUGCCAACUGGAAGAAGUCUUUUCAUGGGCCUAAGUUAUGGCAAUUGUUUUGGCUAGCAUGUGGGGCCUUCUCAACCUUCACAUUUGCAAAGGCCAUGAAUGAGAUUGAAAAAAACAACCCUGAUGCAAGGAGAUGGCUUGCUAAUUUGGGUCCACAGGAGAGAUGGACAAAACAUAAAUUUGACCCUGAAUUGAAGUGUGAUGUUAACAAGACAAAUUUUGUGGAAAGCUUCAAUGCAACCCUAGGAACUGACAGGUGCAAGCCAGUGUUAAGUUUGUUAGAGGGAAUUAGGAGAGUAACAAUGGUUAGGUCUUGCAGGGCUUUCAUGUCUAGUCCAGGGGAGUAUGAGGUGGUGGAGGGUAAAUCAACUUUGGCUGUCAGUUUGAACCAAUGUACAUGCCUUUGCAAUGUCUGGCAACUCACUGGCAUACCAUGUAGGCAUGUAAUGAGAGCGAUACUUCAUGAAGGUCUUGAUCCACAAUCCUUGGUUGAUGAUUGGUAUUCAGUAGAGAAAUAUAAGUUGGCCUAUCAUCACAGCAUUAAACCUAUCCCUGACCAGGAUAAGUGGCCAGCAACUGAACACCCUACUAUAUUACCUCUUGUGCUCAAAAGAGGUGUUGGUAGGCCUUGUAGGAACCGAAAGAGAGGUGAUGAUGAAGAGAGGAAGGCAAAGAGGAGCAAGACAAUAAAAUGUGGAAAGUGUGGGGAUUUUGGUCACAACAAGGCCAGUUGCAAGGGAGGGGCAACAAAAAAACAGAAGGCAGCAGCAACAAACACUGAUGAUGCUUCAACUUCCAAGUGA